UUGGCUUUGGUGUUCUCCUCAACCCGCACCGAUCCUCAUCAAAUACACCCACAUUUCUAGACUUUCAUUGUUGUUCUUUUGUUCUCCUCGCAGACCGUCAAGGAAGAGUUGGUAUCUCAAUCUUUGCAAUUGGUUACGUCGAGCAAAAUGCUAGUGAUCACAAUGUCCGAUCCAGCUUUGUCCGAUCUUCCCGAAAACUUAGCAGUUUGCUUGACUAUUUUGAGGAGACUUUCGGAACUCUGCCAAGAUCUGGUAAAUCACACGACAUCUCCCCUUCAAACGAAAAAUCUUAUUUUAAAAGUGCACGAUGUUACCGCCGCAUUCCAUCAUUUGAUCACUUCGAAUGUCGAUCGAAGUUGUCAGGCUGCCAUCGAGGAGCAUCUGGCCGCGGAAGCUGAAAAAUUGGCGAGCGUUUUGGCGACGCUUUUGAGAAGUUUAAGGGUGUUUUCCCCGUAGUAUGUAGGUACUAAGAUGCGGCACUCUGUUCUGCUAGUACUGGUACAAAUUUCUUUAGAUAUUAUCCGUUGUUAAUUUUUUUAUGACAGACGUGGGACGUUGUUUGUUGAUUAAUUAACUCGUUUUUUCUUCGAGAAGAUUAUCAAUAAUUUACAACUUUUGAUUUUUGGAACAGUUUAUUGAUCGUGAAUGUUUUGUCUCAUUAAUGGGUUUUACCAAAUUGAUCCUUGAAUUGACGAUGGUAUUGGAUUUUCGUUUGCUUUGGCCUUUUUCUUUGUGGUUUUUACCACUUUGGGCACUUUGGAUUUGUGUUCUUUAGGUAUAUUUUAAAGGAAAACUUUAUCCAAACACUUCAAAAAUAAGUAAAGCACUAACAAGAAAGUGCUUCGUAUCCAAUAAGUAUUUUAAAUAUUCAAAAUCCAAAAGGUAGAUGAAAAAAUCGGUUGUCUGUAAAGUCGGUUUACUGACGAUAG